AUGCUAGACUUGUAUCCUUCAGCGCAGGCUACUUCAACAUGUGAUGCUGCAUCUCACCCACUUGCUGCGACGGCCGGCAUGUCUUCAGAGUCGUCCGUCCCCAAACCCCGGGGCCAGACCGCAGGUGAGUCUGGAUACUCGGACUGCUCGAGUUCGCGAUUCAUAGCAACCCCCAACUGCUCCGAUGAUGGACAUCCCACGGAUCACCCGCUGCCAGCCACACCCGCGGAGGAUCCCCCCAAGGUGUCCUUUGAGGAUUUGGCCGUCCGUUAUCGCCAGAACCAGCACAAGCAGACCCGCCGCAAGAGGCUGGAACAUCGUCUUCAUGCCACCAAAGUGUCCAUGGGCAUCUCCGCCCGUUUGGUUCGCGUGGGAGCCGCCGUCCAGCGCGGCCUAGUCGACCGCCUGAAGCAUGACGACAAGGCGAAUUUUAUUGCUCUCUACCAUACCAUGAUUGACCUCCAAGGAUCCUGUGAUUCCGCAUUCCGGCGCCACUUCCACCGGCAGGACCCGUUGGAAGACUGGCCAUCCUCCCCCGAGGCGGCCGUUGACCGUGCCCCGGAUUUUUUCCUGCAGCUGAGUCCCCAGUCCAGGGCCGAUCUCAUCGGGAUCUUGCAGUCGGUCCGCACCGAUGCCCAGUUCAUCUUCGAGCGCUUGUGCAGCUUGACACCCGGUCAGCUGGGCGCUCUGGUCUCGUCCUCGGCCCCGUCGUGGGAAACCAGUGAUCUUUCGUUCCCGUCGGCCUCGCGGUCCCGGAACACUUCAUUCCCCAGGCGCAACCCUGCGUCGUCCAUUCCUUUCAGGGACCAUGUUCUCGCCUUUGAGAGAACCGAUGCUCUGUCUAUUUUACUAUUUAAUGUCUUUGCCGCCCCGCUGGAUUCGGAUGCCCCCGAAGCCCGGUUGCGCCUGGAUGUAUGGUCUUCUGUCUGCGCAAAGCUGGUCGCCGACGGCGGCAGUAGGUAUUAUCCCCUUAUCGGCAACAUCCUGGCCGCCUGGGCCACGGGCAGUGAUUGGAAAGCAAAGCCCAAAUUUGAAUUAUACCUGAUGGACAUCCUCCAAACGGGCGCCUUCCUGUUGGAACACGUAGAACCCCCGGCCGGGCUGAGUUUUGACGCGGAGCCGAUCGACCCCUUGAAAACUGACGUGGCCGAGGAAUUCUUUGCGUCCGCCGUUGAUGGUCUGUUCCAACUCCUGGACGACCCGGAUGGAGGGCUCCCGCAUGCGGUGAUGGAACUGAGCAAGGCCGUCUUGCAGAAGUUGGAUCGCCCGGAUAGCCGUGAUCGUUUCCUCGAGUUCUUAUUUGUCCAGUGGUUUUUCUCCAAAUUCUUAUACGGCGCACUAACUUAUCCUGAGGCACAUGGACUUUUGCUUGACUUUUUUAUCAGGAAGGAUGCCCGCGAAAAAUUACUAGGACAGGUCGGACUCCAGGCUUACUCUCAAGUAUAUGCUAUCCUUCGAUCAAUGCGUCACUUUUCUAUGGCCCGCCCGACGGUCAGGCAGCAUGUUGAGCGCAUGCUCAAUCGAUUUGCUUUCACGCCGUCCGAUCUGCACGUGUCUCGUCAGCAGCUCUCAUAUGUCAGAUCCGUAGAGAGAGAAGAUUCGCCAGCCGUUUUUCUGAUGCUCUCCUCCUCCGACAUUCUCACCGUGUUGAAUUCGUUGUUCCCCAGACCGCCAUCGUCCGUGUACAACGUUUCUACUCCAUCCUCGGGCGUUUCCACCACAUCUUUUGCCUCCCCAUUGUCUCCCCGGGAUAAGCAGAUGACACCCUUGAUCGAGCCCGGAUUUUUCCGGCCUGUUGGUGAUAGCCACAUGGCGCAGUACUCCACAAGCAGGCAUCUCUUCCCAUCGGAAAUGGAUUUUCUGUCUUUUCCUGAGAACUGUCUCAGCCGCAACGCAGAUCGAAUUCGCUUUGAGCUGUCCGAUCUUGGCGACACUGAUGGUCGCGCGAACUUGGAGCCACCAUCGGCGGAAGAUUGGGCGGUCUUCUCAGUCGCACAAGGCGGACAACGGCUCAUCUGGGGUCUCUUUGCUGACAACCAAUCUAGCUGCGCAGAGACCUCUGUUGAUGAUGUCCAAUCCACUACCUUGGGCAUGGAAGAUAACUUUGAAGCUCUCCAGACUGCUAUUGUGAAAUUAAUCCAGGAGAAUCCUGCCAGUGACCACAGUGAGAUUGGACUGCCGUCUCACGAUCCCCACUAUGGCGGGGGCCUUUCCCUGAAGCAAAGAUUCAACCAGGCCAUGGCCACCUGUCACCAUGAAUCCGAUUUUAUCGGGGCCCACUAUUGGUGGAACGCUGCCCGCCAACUUGUUCGCAGCGUCUCCAACACUCCGUCUCGCGUGGCCAAUGACUCCUGGAUCCUAGGCCCAAUGUAUACCUCGAGCAUUCGCUCCCUCCAGGCAUCUCGGUCAGUUAUCGAUCGCUGCGAAAGUGAUUUUGUCGCCCUUGACCGUCACAUGCAGCGGCUGCAGCGAACCAUGAAGGAUACAAUGGCCACCGUGACGAAGCUGCGGGACAAGAUGUGGUACAUUACUGACGUCAGGAAUUCCAUGCGAUACGAGGAUGCAAAGCAUGUCGCUCUUGCGUUGAAGACCAUGAUCCAUUCGGCUCGCCUCCACAAACAGACAUCGAAUGAGGGCCGAUCACGCGGCAGCGGAAGAUCUCUAGGCGGCUCGCUCCUACAGAAGCCGGAGUUGCAGGUCAUGAAUGUAAUGAAGGCUCCGAGUAGCCAGGCUGGCCCCAACAAGCUCUCUGACGAACAGGUCGAUCUGAUUCGCAAAUGGUUGUCUCACAACAAUAUCGAUAACUUCUGCAGAGGGGAGGAGCGCAUUCACCGGUUCUGCUACGAAGUGAAGUCGAGCAUCAACCGACUUGUCGGGGAGACCAUGGCCGAAACCCCGGUGCUCUGGGCGAGCGAGUUAUUCCACAAGGAGAGAGCCAAAUACGAGGGAUCUAGCAAUCGUAGCUUCCUGGGCCUGUCUUCUGGACUGCGGCCUUUCAGCGCCGCCAACGAAGAUUUCGGACAUUCCUCGCAGACAUAUGGUAACACGCUUCGUCCAUCGGAUUCCAUUUCCAGGUUCUCGCAGGACCUCCCUUCGUUGAAUCGAAAGACUUCCUUCCAAAGCCUCAUGUCUGACAAGUGGAGAACUCCGCGAGAACCUUCAAUCGGGGAUGUUUCCUCCAUGGGCGGCUCGCCAACGAGAGCAGCCUCUAUCUCUACAGGCGAUUCGUGCAGCACUUUUUGGUCGGCACCGCAUCAGCCGACGAAUUAUGCUCCGAGUACAUCCAGCAUAUAUUCCCGCCCCCCUUCGAUGCUGAGUGACACCGUAGGUCAGCAGCCUCGUCGGAACGAACGUAAAUCGAACGGGAAAAGCACCUUUCUUGAUGAUUUGCGACAGACGCUGACAAGCCUACUGGUGAGCGAUCUGGGCUCACCGGUCUGGAGCUGCGGCACCGAAACAGACGCCUGGUUUGGUAAUGCGGUGGAUCAAAAACGAAUCCGAGCUCAGAUGAAAAAACGCACCCAGAUCAACCGGUUUUAUGCGGAUUGUGACGAACGGCUGCUCCGUCAAACACUCCACCGUACACCGUCCAACGGGCGAAGAAGCAAAUCAGUCGGGCCAUCUGAUCAAGCGCGACACGAGGACGCCGCAUCUUCAGUGCCCGACGAGCCCGCCGGGCUCGACUGCGAAGAUCAGACACCAUUUUCGUACAACAUGAUCUUUCGCCGAUUAAUCGAGGUCUUUUCUCGGCACAGCAACCCGUUUGUCAAAUUGAAGGCGCUCCGUGACUUACGGGCACUAGUCAUCGCCUCGCUGAAUUCUGGUCCUGACGACAAUGCCUUCUCUUCGACCCAAGAGCCCAGUUGUCACCGGGGAAGUCGCGCGUUUGGUCAAGGGGCGAGACUUACUCGUCACAGCUUCUCGCAGCUUGGAUCUCGAGGGCGGGUCGAAAAGAACACCAUUCACACCCCCACGUCACCGGCCGCCGAAUCAAUUGUUUUCGGUUCUCGGCCCUCCGACUAUUCAGCUCCGACGGAGAAGCAGAUAGUGGACGCCUUGCGCGACUUGCUGCUCGAGGUGAAACCGAAAACCCUUUUCCGAGAUUUGCAGUUCAUAUCCGCGUUUGUUCCCGGGGACACGCUCAAUAAAACCGAUAGUGGGACUGCAUUCCUGCAAUUCGGACUGGCGGCCUUGAGCCUAAAGGACGAGAUUUGCCAAAGCAUGGUUGAAAUUGCGGACAACAUUGUGUCCCAGGAGCUUAGUCGACGUCACCCCCCUCACGGGCAUGACAUGAAUCCCCGGCCCGGCCAUGGGAUCGAGGACGCAGCGGGAAUGUGGAUCAUCACCGCUAAAGAAGGCAAUCCCGUCGCGCAGAGGGAACUGGCGAUUCUCUACCUCACCCACCCGGAGCUCCUGCCGCGCGUUACACUGCCGCUCACGCUGCUGCGGGACACGUUUAAAGCCGAAAUGAUGUAUCGGCGUGACAAGGAUUCCAAGUCGGACCCUCAGAGUUUGUGCCUCGCGCUGCACUGGAUGCAGCUGUCGGCCAAUGGAGGUGACGAACUUGCGCGGAACAGGCUUCGCGAACGAGAGGAAUUCGAUUCCAUCGCCUAA